UUCAAAAGAAAACAAAAUAGUCAAAAAGUAAACAAAUAAAAAAUCUGUUUUUGUUGCAGCCAGCAGAAAUUUUAUCAAAAACAAAAAUGACCAAAGAUCUGAUAAAACUAUGUCGAACAUGUUUAGCACCUGAUAAAGAUCUAAUAUCCAUCUUUGAUGAAGAAAAUUCAGAAAACAAUGAUUACAGAUGUAUUGUGGAUACAAUAGGAACCCUGACAAAUAUUAUGCCAAAAAAGUCUGACGGUUUGCCAGAAUUAGUUUGUAUUCCUUGUUCCAACGAAAUUCAAAGGAUUCACUCUUUCAAAGUAACAUGUGUAAACUCUUAUUACGUUUUAAGAAAAAUGUUGGAAAAAACAGAUGAAGAUGAAUUAAUGGGCCAGGAUAAAGUCCCUGAGCAGAAUCUUUUACUAUACAAUGAUCAAAAUACUCAACAGAAAUUUGAUUCUGGCCAUUCGGACGUUAAAAUCGAAGAACCGGGUUGUUCUCCUCUCGCCAUGCAUUCUGAUAGAGCUGAUCAAAACCAAAGAGAAAUAAUGAUUCAGAAGUUUGAAGUCCUAAUUAAAGAAGAACCCAGCUCGUCUGAAUCUGAAUUACAAGUUGAUUUAGGUAAAUCACUUCCAGCUAGAAACGAAGAAACUGAAACAAUGAGUUUAGAAACAAAGCACGAUAUUGAUUCUUGUAAAAGCUCAAAUAAAAGUGUAUCUGAAGAGGAUGUAGAGGAAAAUACUAGGGAAACAAACACAGAUGAAGAUGAUGAAACGUUAGGGAAAGACGGUGUCCAAAAAAAUGAUAAGGAAGGUCAACCAAAACUUCAAUGUCCUAAUUGUAAUAAGAUAUUCAAGCAUUUAGAGCGCCUGAAAAAACAUUUAAGUAAUCGCUCUUAUUGCAAAGGAAAUUUAGUUUUUACUUGUUCCAUAUGUGGCAAACUUUACAAUCGCCAGUAUAGUCUGCAGCGCCAUUUUAUGGUUACUCACAAACAGAUAUUGACGAAGGAAAUUGUAACCAAAAGUAAAAAGACAACCAAAGACAAACAAACAGAAGAAAUGCAAAAUGAAGAAAUUCAAAUGAAAAAAGUAUUGGAGCAGCCUGUAAACAAAGAAUUCGAAACAAUUGAAACAUUGCGUCAGUGCCUUCGCUGCAAUAUAGUAUUUCAGGAUGACGACUCUUUGGCUGAACACAAGAAAACUCACAAAGAAAAACCACAUACUUGCAACCUCUGUGAUAAGCCUUUUAAAUGUGCUUAUAAUCUUAAAAUCCAUCUAAUGAAUCAUGACAAAAUAAAACCUUUCCGAUGCGAACAAUGUGAUCAAAGCUUUGUCAGGAACUCUUGUCUAACCAGGCAUUUAAAAACCCACAUGGGUGAACGUCCGUUUACAUGUGAAUUUUGCAACAAAGGAUUUACUUAUUUGUAUGCUCUAAAGACUCACCAACGUUCUCACACGGAAAUACGACCGUUUGCUUGUACUCUAUGUUCGAUGCGAUUUAAGUUUGCAAGCACUCUUAAAGAACACCACAGGACACAUACGGGCGAAAAACCAUAUGCUUGCAAAAUAUGCCCAAGAAAACUUUCAAGCAAGACUAAUUUUAAAAUUCAUAUGAAAACUCAUGAAAAAAGACCAGCGCAACAAGUAGGGAAUGACUGUGAUGAUGUAUCAAAAGUAUUUAAACAAGUGCCAAAUAUGCCUGUGGGAUUCUCCAAGGCAUGCCGAACAUGCUUAACUCUCGAUGGAACACUUAUUUCAAUCUACGAUUCAAUAAGCUACCAUGGAAAUGGACGUGUUACCGAAAUGAUUAAAGACAUUACAAAAAUCAAACCCAUGAAAUCCGAUGGACUUCCUGAACUUGUUUGCCAGACAUGUUUAAAUGAAAUAAAUCGAUGUUAUUCAUUUAAAGUCAAAUGCCUAAAUUCCGAUAGUACAUUGAGGAAACUCUUUGCUAUUGAAGAAGAGCUUGAAACACCACCACAACAACAACAGGUGGUGGCGCAAGACGAGGAAAUAGAAUACAAACCUUUAAUUCACAAUUUUAUGUUAAUUCAUAAUCCGGACGAGCCGGAAACAGAUUUUGAGCCACCAAUUAAAAUUAAAACCGAAAAUAACCAAGAUGAACAGUCGUAUGGAUAUUUUGUUAUUACUUCAGUUUGUAGUCAGAAUGACCAAACAAAUGGAGGUGAUGGUGAAGAAACAAUUAAAUCAACACCGCAAGUAUACAUCAAAGAAGAGAUUGAUUAUGAGAUGGAUGCUUACAAUGCGUCUUCAAUGGGGCGCUUAGCAUAUAGCGAUGUAAAUAGUGCUGACCAAUCUCAUUGUUUAGAUAAUAUAUCAUUGGAAUUAUCACAUCCACAAGUAAAACUAGAACAUGAAGAAUCAUUUGCAUUUGAAACGCCAAUUAUAGAAAAUGCCCCAGUGAAACCCUGUUUUAAAUGUCCUAAGUGCGACAGAGAAUUUUUAUAUACUUCACGUCUCAAAAAACACAUGCGGUCACACAACUCCAAACCGUAUAUGUGCACAACAUGUUCAAAAACAUUCAAGCUUCAAGCACAAUUAAAGAAUCAUAUCGAUUCAAUUCAUCGAAAUAUUAAGCCUUUCAAGUGUGAAGAGUGUCCUCGAACUUUUUCUUUUCCAUCAAAAUUAAAAGAGCAUCUCAGAUCACAUAAGGGAAGUAUUAAAGUUACGCCCACUCCCACUCCUACUUCAACUCCCGCUUCAAGUCACAGAGACAUAAAGAUAUUUGAGUGCGAUGAGUGUCCUAGAACGUUUUAUUUCCCAUCAAAACUAAAAGAACACCUCCGAUCACAUAAAACUAAAAACUUAACAAGUUAUUAUGAAGAGCCAACUGAAUUUGCCAAACAUAUUGGAGAUGAGAAAUACGCAGACGAUCCGAAACAAGAACUUAAAUACACUGAUCCUGCUAAAAGUAUUGACAAAAACCUAGAUGACAAUAUAAAAGAACAACCUUUUGCUUGGAUGAAUGAGCACCAGAAUCAGCGUUCAACAAGACGUUCAGCUCGAAUUCAAAGAGAAGAAUUAAAAACUCCAGAUAGUGCAAAUAAUGUAAUACAGUCAAAUAGUAGCACUUCUGAGCCAACUGAUGUUAAAGUGAGAACAAGACAACAAGACAAGUUAACAAGGAUUAAUUAUGCGGUUGAUGACGAAGAUGAAGCCCCUGAUGAAAAAAACAGUGCUGAAGGAUCACAUCAGUAUAAUUGUCCCCAUUGCACCAAAGUAUUUAAAUACUUAUCACGUCUAACCGAACACGUUGUAUGUCAUAGCGAUGCCCGCCCAUUCGAUUGUACAAAUUGUGGAAAAUGUUUCAAAUCUCCUGGUCAACUGGCACGACAUCUUAAAACAAGCCACAAAGUCUUUACCUUUAGAAGAAGUAGAAAAGGAUUUUCUAGGCGGCGAGGUUUGAAACGAAAAAAUGUAAACAAGAAUUUUAUUCGCAAAAAAUUGGAUGUGGGCGUCAAAAGUUCGGACUACAUAACUGAAAAUGAAAACCAAUAUGAACAAACAAAAGAGAUCAACAUUGAUCCAUCAGGUGAAAACGAAAUUCAAAUUGACCAUACGAAUGAGAUUAGCCCUGAUCAGUCUGAAAAUAUUUGUGAUGAUAAACAGGUUCAAGAAACCAUUAACAGUAAUAGUCUAGCAGAAAUCGAACCAACACAAGAUAAUAUUAAGAAAAGUGAAAUAACGAAAUGCGAGCUCACAUUGAAACAUUCGAAAAAAAUAAAAAAAGAAAAAACACCCGAAAAUUUGGAAAAUCCACCAGAGCUUCAAAACGAGACAUUGGAAAAAAGUAUUGAAGAACCACCAACAUUUCAUUGUGAAAAAUGUGAUGAAACAUUCCAUGUUAGUGCGCGUUUUUAUACUCACAUGCGUGGCCAUGGCAUUGAAAGGCCUUUCAUUUGUUCGUUAUGUGGUAGAGGUUUUAAGAAUAAUGGCAAUCUUAAGAGCCACAUUGUGAUAACCCAUGAGAAACUUAAGCCUUUCAAGUGCAAUGAUUGUAAACGUACAUUUUCUUGUAAAUCAAAUUUAAACAAACAUUUAAAAUCACGGGUUUGGACGCAUAGUUGUGUUAAAGAGUUCAACGGUCGUCGUGGAGGUGCAAAAAAGAAGAUAAAACGUAAAAAGCUAUCAAAUAAAGAACAUGAAAAUGAAGACUUAAUUGAAGACAAAGACACAAGCGAACAAAUUCAAGGAGAACUUUCUAAUGAGGACAAAAACGAAAAUUCACUUAUAUCUUCUGCUGAUGACAAGUGCAAACUUGAAACAGAACAAAAAACUGGAGAAUUAAAUGAAGAAGUAAAAAGUCCAGAUGAUAAUGGCCAAGAAGCACUUGUUGUUGGAGUUAGUCCAGAUACAAUUAAUUUACCAGAAUCAGUCUCAGUUGAAAUGAGUUCCGAUUCCCCCAAAUUAGAAUCAGAAGACCAAUUAAAAAAAUCAGAUUCUGUAAUUAAGCAAGCAGAAGAAAAAGGUGCUAAUAUAAAGCAAAAAAAGAAACUUGAGUGCCCUCAUUGCAAUAAAGUAUUUUCAUACGAGUCCUAUCUUAAAAAACACAUGCAAAGUCACAGCGACGAAAGAAACUUUAUCUGUACAAUAUGUGAUAAGGCUUUCAAAUACAAAGUUAGUCUUAAACAUCACAAUUUGGUUGAUCAUGCAAAAUACAAGCCGUAUAAAUGUGAUAAAUGUCCCCAAGAAUUUGCCAACGAAUACAAUUACAGAGUGCAUCGAAAUAAACACAACAAAGUUGCUAAAAGAAAGACAAAGUCUAAACGACGACGUGCAAUUGCUAAGCCUCGUAUUACUACUGUUGUAAAAUCUGAAGACAAUAUUAAAGAUAAACUUCCCGAAGGAGUAACUGUUGACAAUGAGAAGACAGAUCAAACAACAUGUUCCAUGUGUAAAAUUGAACCAGAAAAUUUAAAAGAACACAUACAACAAUUCCAUAAUUCAAAAGAAUCAGCAUGCGCAUCUGUCAAUCCUACAAAUCAUUCCAGUCAAGAUGAGAAACAAAGCCUUGAAUCAACAAAUACGUUUGAUUGCCCUCAUUGCAAAAAAGUAUUUUUGUUUGCUUCGUACCUUAAAAAACACAUGCGAUGUCAUAACGAUGAAAGACCACACAUCUGCUCAACCUGUGGCAAAUCUUUCAAAGAUCAUUGGAGGUUAAGAUCUCAUAUGAAGAUAAAACAUGCUCCGGGUUCCAAGAAAUAUAGUCACAAGAAAAAGAGAAGAAUUAUCAAACGCGAGAAAUUAGUGAUUCCAGUUGUUGGCAAUUCGGAUGACCAAAAUCAAACAAGUGACACUUUGAAUAUUUCACAAAACAAUCUCAAUGAACAAAAUAAUGCACUCGAAUCUAAAUUUGUUGAAGCUGACCCCGAAACAACAGAUCAAUCGAGAAUACCAACUGCCGAUAAAAUAACAAAUGACGAUGCAGUAAAACCUAAAUGCACGCUAUGCGAUAGAGUAUUUCAGUUUGUCUCACAGCUUGAAACACACAUGCGCACUCACACGGGUGAAAGGCCUUAUGUAUGUCACAUUUGCGAUAAGACCUUCACUCAAAAUGGUCAUCUUAAAAAUCAUAUCCUGAUAAAUCAUAAAAAAAUAAUGCCAUUCCAAUGCAGCGUUUGUUUCCGUGGGUUUGCAAGUGGUUACAAUAUGAGAGCCCAUGAAAAAACCCACUUCAAUCAACAUCGUAAAAAAGUUAAAUCUAAAUCUAAAAAAAGUGCCAAAUUAUCUCAAAUCCAUAAUCAGCAUAGUACAAACGAAUCAAAUAAAGAAACCGUCCAAAACACUCAAGACGCCAUUGAAGAUCAAUUUGUUCAGGAUUUUGAAAAACUAGAGCUACAUCCACUCUUUGGAUCGAUGUCUACAAGUCACGAUGAAAAUCCAAGUACCGCUACCGAACCAGUAGAAAAUUACUUCCCGUGUCCCCACUGCGAAAAAACAUUUGUUGUUCAAUUGGAUCUCAAUGAGCAUAUGAAAACAACACACAGCGCAAGACCAUUUUAUUGCUCAAUUUGUUAUAAGACUUUCAGACAAGAACCUCACCUUAAAAUUCACAUUCAAAUGAGUCAUACAAAAUCAAGGAAUUUCAAGUGCAGUGAGUGUGAUCGAGUAUUUCUUACAUUCUAUAUUCUCAAUAAACACAUGAGAUCACACAAAGGAAAAAAGAGCCACAUUAUCAAAAGUAAAUCUAAGCGUGGUCACAAAAAAAGAGGAAAAAAUCUUAAACUCACUGACGAUUCUGAGCCACUUAAUACCAAUAUUGAACAAGUGGAAGUUAAAGAAUUCUCCAAUGUAGAAAUUGCAGAAACUAGCCAUACUUCAAAUGAACAAAAUCAACCAGAAGUAACUGCUGUGAAAAAUAAUGUUCAAAUGACGUGUGCACUGUGUUCUGUUUUAGUGGAUUCAGAUAAUCUAACCGAUCACAUGAAGGAGUGUCUUAACAUAUCACAAAGUAUGAACAUUCAAAUGAAAUCAGAACCUUUAGAAUCUCCACAAGACUUAGGGCAUCCGCUUUUUACAACUUUUUCAAAUCAGGAGGAAAACCGAACGGACACUGGUGUUGCGAAACAGUGUCCGGAAUGCAAUCAAGAGUUUUGUAGUUUUUCAAGCUUUGCUGAACAUAUGCAAACUCAUAGGGUUGACAGACCUUUCGUUUGUGCAACGUGCAGCAAAGCUUUUAAGAAAAAUGCACAUCUAAGAUCCCAUAUUAUGAUUGUUCAUAAAAGAAUACUACCAUACAAGUGUACCGAAUGUCCUCGGGUAUUUUCCAGUAAAUAUAAUCUAACCACGCAUUCAAAAACUCACCUCGCAAAAAGCAAUUUGAAAAAAGGAAGUUCUAAAAGACGUGCAAUUGUAAAAAAGAGUUAUUACAAAGACCCACCUUAUCAUGCUAAACCUUAUCAUCCCGAAAACACAAAUCAGACCACAUCAAAUGAGAAUGAGAAAAAUGAAAGUCACGAAGAUACAACAAAUUAUACUUUGAAUGAAAGUCAUGAGGAUACAUCAGAAUAUACUUUGAAUGAAAAUCACGAGGAUACAUCAAAUUAUACUUUAAAUGAAAGUCACAAGGAUACAUCAGAUUAUACUUUGAAUGAAACUCACGAGGAAACAACAAAUUAUGAUUUUCAGAAUCCAUUAAAUCAACCUGAAAUACAAUUAUCAAGUGGUGCAAAUGAUAAGAAAAUAAGAUGCACAUUGUGUUUUGUUUCAAUUCAUGCAGAUGAUUUAUCAAAACACAUGCAAGACUUUCAUAAUUUACCCGUAUCACUAACGUUAGUGCCAAUUAAGAAAGAAAAUUUAGAGGAACCUGACCAAUUGAUGGAUCGACCCUUGGAAACUGAGCCCAGUCAGACAGAAGCACCGAAGAUUGACCUACCACGUCGCCUUCAAUGUCCUACAUGUGAUAGAGAAUUUGUACACCUUUCACGGCUUAAUGAACACAUGCGGGCCCAUAGUGAUGAAAGACCAUUCAUCUGCUUAGUUUGUGGAAAGACCUUUAAACGACACGGCCAUCUUACGGCGCACAUAGUGACGUGUCACAAAAAAGCUAAACCAUUUAAAUGCAAGGAUUGCCCCCGAACGUUCUCAAGUAGCAUAAACUUGGAAUUGCAUUCACAAACACACACAAGCCAACAACUUUAUACCAGCUCUAUUGUUGAUACACACACACAAAGUGAAAUUAACUUAGAUCUACCCGCGUUUAAUGAAUCUCUUCCUCCAUGUAAUUUAGAAUCUACACACAUGGAAGAAUGCACCGCUCAAGAAAACCAUCAGUGUACUUUUUGUCCCACAGUAUUUAAAUCCAUUUCACAUCUCAUGGAACACAUGAAGGUCCACACCAGUGAUCAACCUUUUAUUUGUUCUCUUUGCGGCAAGGGUUUCAGUAGUAAUGACGACCUCAUCACUCAUCGUUUAAUACAGCACAAUAAAUCAAAACCUUAUCAAUGUGAUCAAUGCGAACGGGAAUUUAGAACAAGCUUAGAACUGAAAAAACACCAUCUCAUGAUUCAUGGCAAUAACUUUAAACGCACGCAAAACCCAAUGCGUCGUAAAAUAAAACAUCCAAAAUUAAACCAGGCUCCAAAUAACCAAGAGCCAUUAAACUAUGCCGAGGAUAUACCUCAAUGUAAUAUUUGUAAAAAAAACUUUUCCAACAACUGGGUACUAAAGGAACACAUGAAAUCUCAUACUUCUGAAAAGCCAUUCGUCUGUCCAAUUUGUGGACAUGGUUUUGCUAAAAAAUAUAAUCUCAAAAUUCAUAUAAUGGCACAUAAAAAAAUUAAGCCUUUCAAGUGUCAUUACUGUCCCCAAUCGUACUGUACGAAUUCUGGAUUGAAUCAUCAUAUGCGAACACAUACUCAUGGACGUAAGCGAAUAAUUAUUGAUUCAAUUGAUGCUGAAAAUGUAACGCUAUAAGUAUCAAAUGAAAAAAACAAAAACAAACCAAUAUGACUAAGAAUCUUCAAAAACAUAAAUAUUAAAAACUAAAAUCUGAUUAAUCGAUAUUCUUCCUAGAUACCCUUUAAGUUAAUAUAAGGUAACAAAACAAAAAUAUGUACUGCAUUUAGAAUUAAGGUUAAAAUUAUAUUGUAUUUAAAAAUAGUUCUUAUUAGAGAGAAAAAAGCGUGAUUUAAAAUUUCUAUAUAAUUCAGUUUUUAUUUUUUGGGAUUAUUUUAAUGAUAUUUUUAUAUUGAUUUAACAUAUCUGUGAAUUUUGGCAUCAAAUGUAGUCCCUGUGAUAAAUUGCAGCAAACUAUUUUAAACGGUUUUCAGCUUGUUUUAAUGAGUUUUCCAAAUGUUGAAAUUAUUAAAUUUUUACCAUGUAAAUAUAAAAUUAAUACGUUACUUAUUUUUUUAACGUUUUUAAUGAGCAUUUCUAGGGUGUUCUGUAGGAACGGAUAGUUCAAAAAUGACUGAGAGCUAUCCUUACGAAAACAAAUUAUCCCAACUAGUUCAUAAAAUAAUAGCUAUUUUUGUUCACUUUUGAAUUGACGGACAGAUUUUUAACUACUUUUUAUGCUAUUUUUAUAGCU